AUGCAUGUAAAUAGUCAAAUAUUUCUAAGAAAAUCUCGUUUGAGCUUACCAAUAAUAACACCUAGCAGAAUUAAUUUUCCGACAGUAAAAUCAAGUGUUAUUGUUAUGCUAGCUGUUGCUGUGCUGCUGGGUAGUGAUUAUUGUUGUGCUGGCGGUGGUGGUGGUUAUCGUUGUUGUUCCGCACCAUUAUUUGGCAAUACAUCUUCUUGUAAUACGCUCAUCUAA